AGAGACCAGAAGCUAAUGACCAACACAGAAAUGAUCAUGAAGUGGAACGACAGCUUCCUCAGGUGGAAUCCCGCCGACUACAAUAACACCACAGUUAUCCGAGUUCCUUACGGAGCCAUUUGGUAUCCUGAUAUCAUCCUUUAUAACACAGCGGAUUCUAACUAUCGUCUGGGGAUGAUCGCUACCAACGCCAUCAUUUCUUACACGGGGGAGGUCGAGUUGAUCUUCCACGCCAUAUUUCAGUCGACCUGUGACAUCGACAUUAAAUGGUAUCCUUUCGACCAACAAGACUGUAAGAUGCAUUUUGCGUCAUGGACUUACGAUUCCACAAAGCUUCGCUUGGUCCAGGCACCUGCGGACCUUUCGCAGUAUAAUCCUCACCCUGAGUUUUACCUCGAAAAUUUCUACUCAGAAAUGUACGAAGCUGAAGACCCGUGCUGCGCAAACACAUUUUCCACUGUAGUUUAUCAUGUGCAACUACAGAGAAGGACGAUGUUUGCGAUAUAUUUCUUCAUUAUGCCUGGGACCAUCGUCAACAUUUGUGCCCUGCUGACCUUCCUCUUGCCCCCCGAAUCAGGGGAGAAGAUCAGCCUCGCCACCAACGCCUUGUUGGCCAUGAUGGUGUUCCUGAUGGCCAUGACCCAGGAUAUUCCACCCACUGAGCAGGUGCCUCUCAUAGGUCGUUAUUACGGGGGCUGCAUCUUCCUCUUGUCUCUGAAUAUCGCAGCUUCCGUCUACAGUCUGAGAUGCUUCUUCACUUCAGACGCUCGUAUGUCCAGGCCUCUCUGUAUGCUGCUGCAGUUCUUUGGCCGCUUACUCUUCGUCUCUCCUCCUGAAGAAGUAAAAAGAAAGUGGGAUCUUGAACUCGCUUCGAAGGUUGGCUGGACAUCCGAUGGAUCGAAGUCAGCCUUCAUUCGAGUGGAGCCGAGUAAAGAGGAUUCCGGCACUUCACUGACCAGCUACCAGCAGCGUAGCCUAGAGGCACUUGAAGGUAUCCAUUUGCUCCUCUUAUCCAAGGAAGUCCAGAAGGCUAAAGGAAUGACUGGAAACGGUUCCUCAGCAUCCUCUGACUAUUCUCAAGAAUGGCGAUAUUUCUCUCUCGUGUUCGACCGAUUUUUCUUCGUUGUUUCCGUUUUGGUCUUCGUCGUCUUUAACCUGGCUGUUCUUCUUUCGUCUCCGCAUGGCGUCAGGUUCGAGUACUGUCCACAAGGACCUGGAACCUGUCCAGAGGACUGGGAUGCUGAUGACAAAUUCGCACUUCUGGAAGCUGGAGAAGGAUUGGCGGCAGUUCACGGCGAAGAUCAUCCUUGAUUUACUGAGGAGAUUUCUUACAGUUUAAACUUUUCAAAGUAUUUGUGAGGCUUUCCUUGGGCAACGGGUAAACUACCUGUUGACUAAACAAUUCCAGUGUUGUACAGACGUUCUCUCCUUAAAGUUACUGAAAAUCUAUUGAAAAUUACCAUAAGAAUUAGACAUGUUAACAAACCUUUAUGAAUUCUUGUUCAUCAAACAAUACCAUGUGAAUGAAUAGUAUCGAAGGGAUGUCAUCUCUGGACUGAGACUGGCUACAUAGACAUAGACUUUGAAGAAAAGACAGGCCAUUUUCUCAGUAUUUUUCUUACACAACUAAUAAUUACCAGCACCAAAGCUAAUAUAUAAGUACUGUGAAGUGAAGAAAAUAUCCUGAGACAAAAUCUUGGACAUUUCAGGUAUCGGUGUUUAGGAAAGUUGC